UGAUGCGGAGGCUAGGCUGCUUUCGUAAAGGAGCAGAAGGAAGCAAGAUGGCUGCCCUUUAGGAUUGGAUAGAAGGGAGACCAGAUUGCUUUGGCUGGAUUCUACGCGGCUGAGGGGCUUGCUGGAAAGAGAUACAGUAAGAGGGCAACCUUGUGGAUGGCCCCAGAGUAAGCCAGAUGGAACAGGAUAGAACCAACCAUAUUGAAGGCAGUAGUUUGAGCCCAUUUCUAAUACCACAUCCUUCUCACGUUUGCCAGGCAGAGCCUUUGUCAGUGAAGCUGCAGAAUGGAAGUCCAUCAGCAGAGAAGUCCCACCAUGGUGAAGUAAAUGGCAACCACACCUGGCUGCAUUUCAAGGCCAACUAUGGAAUGAAGCACGCUACAAAAGGAAAUGCAAACAACCGAAUAAGCCCUGAUCUUCUGCAGGAAAAGCGAGAUUGUAGCAAAUAUAUGCAAAAUGGUGGGAUAAAGCGCACUUUUAGUGAGCCUUCUCUGUAUGGGCUUCACCAGAACAAGAAACUUAAACAAGAUGAAGAAGAAGCAAAAGGAGGGGAUGAUACCUCAUUAGAUGGCAACAAUCAACCAGGUGUUUCAAGUUCAGGCAGCAAGAAGGACUUUGAGGGCUUUAGUGUGGAACGAAAUGCAGCUUCAGUUCUUGUACAGUCUUCAAGAUACAACGGUGGUGCUUCAGAACCUCCUCAUGCUACCCAAAUCCAGCCUGAAGAGGAGUGUGCAAACAUUAAUUGCCACAACAGGGACAUUGUCUUGCUAUACAAAAACAAGGCAGUGCCAAUGCCUAAUGGUGCUAUAGUUUCUGCAUCUUCUAUGGAAGACAUGCAUGGUGAACUCUUGGAGAAAACACUGUCUCAGUAUAAUCCAGAUCAUGUUUCCAUUGCAAUGCAGAAAACCACAUCUCUUACAAAUGCCAUAAACCCUCUGGCUACUGAUGAGUUGGCUUGUGGUGCACCACAUUCAUCCCAUACCUCAGGGCAGAUCAGCUCCCCACAAACCUCAAACUCUGAGCUGCCUCAGGUGCUAACUUCUGUGGCUACUAAGGCCCAUAGUGCAGAAAACUCCAGUAAUCCAUCCAUAUUGCCAGCACGCUAUCCUUUUCAGAACCCAGAACUACAGUUAGAUCAGCAAAAGUCUGAAAAUACACACCAGUCACCUGCACAGGACACUGAUAUUCCAGGAAAUGCAGGGCAAGUUCCCAGUCGAGAUUUCUCAUUACCCAGUCAAGUUUUCUCACAAAAUCCCAGCAACAGCCUGAAAGCUCAGAACAGUAGCUCAGAGAGGUUGUCAGAGCCAGCAGAAGAAAACGGUGCUUUGUUCCAACAAGAUUCCAUGUUCAGGAAUGAGUCUUUCAACUCAUCUCCUGUUGCAGCUUCUCCAACUCCAGAAAUAAGCACUAUGCUAUCCAUUAGGGUUUCAGAAGGGCAUAAUCACCCUUCUGAGAGCCCAAGUCAAGAAAUUCAUUUGAAGGGAGAAAGGAAUGGAGAGCAACAACAACAACAACAACCGGGAGAACUUGCAACACAAAUUCCAAGCUUUUGCCAGCAAGGACUUAGUUCUCAACAGGGUCUUCAGCAAGAGGUUCAGGUUUCACAACAGCCUAGCAGUGAAACAGAUCUGGUGCUCACUGUGAUGGCUUCAGGCAUCCGGCAACAGUAUCCUGAUGAAAUGCCGACAGAACUGGAGCCUCAAGUUCAAGACCCACAAAUGUUGGGAAGCAGUAAAGAUUUGCAACAUUUUCAACAUAUCUUGGGCCAAAUUAAUCAGGAGAGUCUUGCUGACAGUGAAAAGGACCUGUCUAAAGAUCAUUUGCAGCAGCCUCAACCCCACUCACAGCAGUCCCAACCUCAUUCACAACCCCCUUGGACAGGAAUGUCUUCCCCUCACUUUCGCCCCAUUGAGUCUCCACAAAAAUCAAAUGAGGUGCUCUUGAGGACAAUGCUUCAGCUCCAGUCCAAUUCAGCUGAGCAGACACAUGCAAAACAAUACUCUGGCAGCCCUGAUGAAUCUAAGGGAGUUACAGGCCAGACCUGCUACCAGAACAUCACGCGGGGUGAGCAAAUACCAGCACUAUACAAGGGCGAGGCAAUGCAACUGCCUCCCCAUCUUGCACCUGACCAACAAAUGCAAUUCCAAAAGCACUCGCCACAGCCUGCAAAGAUGGAUGCUUUGUUGAAAUCCCACGAACAGCAGCAAAAUGCAAAGCACUUUCAAGUUCAACCCCAAGCUGAACACCACACUGAACAGUCUUUGGAGGCACAGUUAAAGCCACAGCACUUAAAUCCUCCACCACUGGAGAAUGAGCCGUUCCUACGUUCACAUAUUUUGCAACAGAUGCUCCAGACCCAGCCAGCACAGCUGCCACAGAGUCCACAACUUCCUUUGAACCCCCAGCAGCCAGCACUGCAAACAAAGAACAGAGAACUUCCCCAGACCUUUCCCCAUCCCCAUAGUAAUCAAGCGCAACAACUGGAAAGCACUUCCUUUAGCCAGCUUAAAUUAGAGGAAUGUUUUGAAACAGCAAACAAUUACUUCAAAUCCACUGAGUUUCCAGUACAAAAUCCCCAGACCAGACCCAAUCAGGUAUCAGGCAUGAACAAUAAAAAUACCCUUUACAAUCAUGCUUUUAAAGCAAAUACUGUCAUGAAGCAUUCCUACCCAAAUAACAUGCACUUAGUCCCUGAGAAAAAGGAAGAAUCUAUGAACCCAGAGCUCUUUGCAGAAAAUGUAACUCAUGACUUGCAACAUAUGCAAUAUUAUCCCAAUAGUAUGACUCCAAAACAAGAGACGCCCCAGUGCUUUCAGGAACAAAAGCCCCCGUCCCCACCAACUUCAGCCCUGCAGUUUCCCUUCCAGCAAACACAGGGAUAUCCAAAUUUGACCACCAAUAUCUGCAGCCAACAAGCUCCCCAGAUUCAACAAAGGUACUCGCCAUACAGUCAGCAAGCAGCAUCCCAUGCAGUAGAUCAGAGAGGGGGCCACCCUCCGCCGCAACCCCACAAGGACUUUCAAAAGCAUGCUGCUCUCAGGUGGCAUAUCUUAAACAAGCAAGAGCAACAAAUUAACCAAAACAAAUCCGAGACAUGUCACAGCAUGGGUCACAAGCCAAUCAAAGCAGAAGCUGGCUCCAAGCCGAACGUCUGCCUGCCUCCAUUGGUUGGGCAGUUGGACAACAAAACAUGGAAGAAAACAAUUAAGCAAGAGAUUCAGCACUUUGGUUGUGACAACCUGCAGCAGAGGAGUAUCAUUGAAACAAUGGAACAGCAGCUGAAGCAGAUUCAGGUCAAAACACCCUUUGAUCACAAGUCCCUUACUAUCAAAUCACCCAAACAUGUGAAAGUUGAGACCGCAGGGCCCAUCACUAUUCUGUCAAGAAAUUCCUGUGCUGCAGAUUUCAAUAGCUACGCCACCUCUCUAGAUCAGCAGGCCAUUCAUCCUAAUGAAAAAACACCAACCAAAAGAACUGCUGGAACAGCUCUCAAUCAUUUUUUAGAGUCGCCUUCCAAGUUAUUAGACACUCCCGUGAAAAACUUACUGGAUACACCUGUCAAAACCCAGUAUGAUUUCCCCUCAUGCAGCUGCGUUGAACAGAUUAUUGAAAAAGACGAAGGCCCUUUCUAUACCCAUCUAGGAGCUGGCCCUAAUGUGGCUGCUAUUAGAGAAAUAAUGGAAGAAAGAUAUGGACAGAAAGGCAAAGCCAUAAGGAUAGAGAAGAUUGUCUACACAGGGAAAGAAGGCAAAAGUGCCCAAGGAUGUCCUAUUGCUAAAUGGGUGAUUCGUCGAGGUAGCACUGAGGAGAAACUCCUUUGCUUGGUGCGAGAGCGUGCCGGUCACAGCUGUGAAACAGCAGUGAUCGUUGUACUCAUCUUGGUGUGGGAAGGCAUUUCGCAGAGCCUAGCAGACAAGCUGUAUUCCGAACUCUCUGAAACUUUAAGGAAGUAUGGCACGCUCACAAACCGUCGGUGUGCUCUAAACGAAGAACGAACAUGUGCCUGCCAGGGCCUGGAACCUGAGAGUUGUGGUGCAUCUUUUUCCUUUGGUUGUUCAUGGAGUAUGUACUACAACGGAUGCAAAUUUGCCAGAAGCAAGAUCCCAAGGAAGUUUAAAUUGUUAGGAGAUGAUCCAAAAGAGGAAGAAAAGCUUGAAUCCAAUCUGCAAACUCUAUCAACUCUGAUGGCACCUACUUACAAGAAACUGGCACCUGAUGCAUAUAACAACCAGAUUGAAUAUGAACACAGAGCACCCGAGUGUCGUCUGGGUUUAAAAGAAGGUCGCCCAUUCUCAGGGGUCACUGCCUGCUUGGAUUUCUGUGCUCAUGCUCACAGGGACUUGCAUAAUAUGCAGAAUGGUAGUACACUGGUGUGCACACUAACUCGAGAAGACAAUCGUGAAAUUGGCCAGACGCCAGAAGAUGAACAACUCCACGUGCUCCCUCUGUACAAAAUUUCCAGUGUAGAUGAAUUCGGAAGCACAGAAGGGCAGGACGAGAAAAAACGGAACGGCAGCAUCCAGGUCCUUAGCUCUUUUCGGCGAAAAGUAAGGAUGCUGGCAGAACCUGUUAAGACGUGUCGGCAAAAAAAGCUGGAAGCCAAGAAAGCAGCAACAGAGAAACUGGCAUCCAUGGAGAAUGGGUCUAGCAAACACGAAAGAGAGAAAUCGGCCACAUCACGUCAGAAACAGGCCAGCUCAGAGGCAUCAGGUCAUGCAAAACAGUUAUCAGAACUGUUACGUCUUUCAGGGCCAGCCAUGGCACAGCAGCAGCAACUCUAUCAACAUCCACACCACACUCUCCCUUCUAAUCCUCAGUCAAAUCACAUCAACUCUUACUCUGCUUCAGGUCACACAAACCUUUACAUGGGCCUCCCUAAUCCAGCUAACCCAUAUCCAAACUCUUCACACCCUUCAGAUCCUUAUGGGGGGUCCAACUCCAUGAAUAUCUACCCUGCGUCUUCGCAACCUACAGGAAGUUAUUUGAAUUCUUCCAGUCUCAUGAAUCCCUAUUCUGUACACUUGGGUCAAAAUAACCAGUAUCCCCAUUAUCAAUGCAAUGGAAACUUGCCUAUGGAUAACUGUUCCUCCUACUACAGUUCUUAUUCCUCACAACCUCAGCAUAUGGACUUGUUUAGGUAUCAGAGUCAAGACACUCUGUCUAAACUAAGUCUACCUCCAAUUCAUACGUUAUAUCAGCGUAGGUUUGGAAAUAACCAGAACUUUGGGCCCAGGUACUUGAAUUAUGGAAACCAAAAUGUGCAGGUAGAUGCUUUCAACAGUUGCACCAUUAGACCAAAUGUUCAGCAUGCAGGUUCUUUCCCUCCUUACUCCACACAUGAGUCCGAUGACCCCUUUAUGGAUAUUGCCUCUAGACUGAAAUCUAAUCUAAAUAAUCCAGGCGUGGACUACAUGAAUAAAAAUGGAGAUCAUCUAUACCCCCCUGCACACUUAUCCCAUGACUACCACUCGGCUGCAGGUAUGUUAAGUGGUCCUCCUCAUUCACUCCAACACCAGAACAAGGAUGGUCAAGCCGCUAAUGGGUUAUCAAACAUGCUUCCAGGUCUUAACCACAAUAGGACUGCUUCCCAGGAAGGCGUAAAUAAAACUGAGUUGAACCAUCCCGAGGAUCCUGACGAGGUCUGGUCAGACAAUGAACAGAGCUUCCUGGAUCCAGAUAUUGGAGGUGUGGCAGUGGCUCCAGCGCACGGGUCGAUUCUCAUAGAGUGCGCCAAACGUGAGCUUCACGCAACCACCCCACUGAAAAACCCUAACCGGAACCACCCGACCAGGAUAUCGCUUGUCUUCUACCAGCACAAAAGUAUGAACGAGCCGAAGCAUGGCCUAGCUUUGUGGGAGGCAAAGAUGGCUGAGAAGGCAAGAGAGAAAGAGGAGGAUUGUGAAAAGUACGGUCCGGAUUAUGUGCCUCAGAAAGUACAUGGGAAAAAAGUAAAACGGGAGCCUGCUGAACUGAAUGAGAACUUGGAGCCCACCUACAUGCGCUUCAUCAGAUCUCUUGCACAAAGGACAAUGUCACUCACCACAAACUCCACAGUUACCACGUCUCCAUAUGCCUUUACACGGGUUACAGGGCCUUACAACAGAUAUAUAUAGAACUCAAAUCUCUGUUCAUUACCUCAUCUGUUGUUGUUUUUUCACACACAAAAAUGUCAGUAGGGUAAUAAUUCUUUUUGAAGUUGUAAACAGGGAA